AUGAGUGCCCUACGUUUUCUUGUUGGAGCAUCUCUUUUAUUAGCGCAAGUGUUUGCCGAUAGGCAUGAAGUACCUCUUCUGCCUCAAAGCUCAGAGUCAGCACCGAGACCAUCCUUUGACACAUGGUGCCCAGCACCGCUACAGACUGUUUUCCAUCUCGAUCUACUCUGGAUAUCCGAAUCUAAAGAGAGCAAAAUAUGCCCAAAAGAAUUAAAGGUGGACGGAGAUUUCUCCAUUGGUAUGCCCAGCUACCAGCGAGACUGCAUAAAAUCCGGAGGCUCUUCCUCGGUCUACUGUCUCUACGUGUUUUCCGGGUUUGCACGUGGUCGUGGUCUGGCCAUUAUUGCAUCUCCUUCGGUUGCUUCCAAUGUUCGCAGUGCACUAUCGGCUUUAGAUCCCCUUCAUGAGCUUGAAAGGCGAGACCACUUCUUUGAGAAGGCUUUACCAGGAAGAGGGAAGGGGCUCAUUAGCAACUAUACAUUCAAGAAGGGUGAUUUGAUCUUGUCGUCAACACCUGUUUUCAUGAUCCAAGAACGAGCAAUGAUUGAUAUGAACAGGGCGGAUAGGCUGCUGUUGCAACGUUUGUCCAUCUCAGCCCUACCAAUACGAUCGAGAGGGCGUUUUUACGAUCUUGCUGGUCACUUCGGUGGAGACCAAACCGAGGAUAUUCUUCUAACGAACGGAUUCAGUGCCACGUUCGGUGUUUCACAAGAGAGCUUUGGUAUCGUAGUUCCAGAAGCAGCCCGAUUAAAUCAUGACUGCCGACCAAACGCACGCUUUGCGUUCGAUUCACGUACUUUCGUGCACAAAGUCCACGCGACCCGCACCAUUGAGCCGGGUGAAGAACUCACAUUCUCGUAUAUCGACGAGAAGCAGAUAUAUGCAGCACGACAGCAUCACAUUAAAGAGCACUGGGGAUUUGACUGCCAGUGCAGACUGUGUUCCUCCCCUGAGCAGCUUAGGAACAUAUCUGAUACUCGCCUUCAGCGUAUUGCAGUGUUACGAAAAUAUUUGUUUCUGUUUACUGCUGAAAACUAUCGAAAUGUUACCCCAGAUAUGGCUCUUGAGCUCAUUUCACUGUACGAGGAAGAAGGUCUGAACGGAGCUCUGGCAGAGGCAUACAUGGUAACGGCUUUGUGGUACUGUAUUUGGGGAAACGUUCACAGGACGAAGAAGUACGCUGCUUUGGCAGUUGGAAACUGGUUAGUGUGGGAAGCAGGAGGCGAGACAAAUCUGGAAGGGAUGAGAAAUCUGACCCAGCAAGUCGAAGGUUGGUUUAUUCCAUCAUCUCAACGACCACCUUUGUGGGCCCACGUCACAUAA